AUGGUAGACGAAAGUACUAGGAAAACUUUAAGUAAUAUCCCUUUAUUAAAAACUAAAGCUGGUCCUAGAGAGAAAGAACUAUGGGUGCAGAGGCUAAAAGAAGAAUAUCAAUCAUUAAUUAAGUAUGUCCAAAAUAAUAAAGACGCUGAUAAUGACUGGUUUAGACUCGAAUCUAAUAAAGAAGGGACCAAGUGGUUUGGAAAGUGUUGGUUUAUUCAUGAGUUAUUAAAAUAUGAGUUUGAUGUAGAAUUUGAGAUUCCAGUUACCUACCCAACUACAGCUCCAGAAAUUGCGUUACCUGAACUAGAUGGAAAAACUGCCAAAAUGUAUAGGGGUGGUAAAAUAUGUCUAAGUGAUCAUUUUAAACCAUUGUGGGCACGAAAUGUACCCAAAUUUGGUAUAGGGCAUGCAAUGGCUUUAGGGCUUGGACCCUGGUUGGCAGUAGAAAUUCCAGAUUUAAUAUCUAAAGGAGUAAUAUCUUACAAAGAAAAGUCAGAAAAAUAA